GUUUAUCCACAAUGAUCUUUCAUGUAUGGACGCAGUAAGGACAUGCAGAUAAUAUUUAAUACUUAAAUAUUUGACUCAUCCAGUCUCACUUGGUAGCACUGUCACACUGUUCUCACACAGGACAAGGGCAAGUCAUCCAUGACAAACACUGGCACAUGUAAUACAUGAAAGAAAAACAAAAUCAAUGUUCUUUGGAGUGAAACCAAAAGUCCCAGUAGGAAUAAAGGUCGGGUCAACUCAAACCAGUAAGAUGACAUUACAGAGACGACGAUACUAUCAUUGAUUUGGAGCUCUGUUAAACAGAUCGGAUGAGUAGGGUUUCCAGUAGACGAAAGACAAGAGACAAGGCUGCACUUCAACCUCUAAAACCAUGCGAGCAAAGCUGGAGAUCUUCGCACUGGUCCUGGGCUUCAUUGGCCUGGUCGGGACAAUAGCUGUCACUGCUUUGCCCACCUGGAAGGUCACUGCCUUCAUCGGUGCCAAUCUCAUUGUCAUGGAGGAACUCUGGGAGGGCUUGUGGAUGACCUGCUACAGACAGGCUGACAUCAAGAUGCAGUGCAAGGUGUAUGACUCGCUGCUGAUUCUCCCGCCAGAGCUGCAGGCUGCCAGAGGGCUCAUGUGCGUCUCCAUAGUUCUGGUUGUCAUCUCCUUGUUCGUCACAGGAUGUGGGACCCAGAAGAGUGAAUGUUGUGGUGACAAUAUGAAGAGCAAGAACAUCACCUUGGCCCUUGGGGGGAGUCUAUAUCUGCUUUCUUGUUUGACCACACUCAUCCCUGUCAGCUGGGUGGGCCACACUAUCAUCAGAAACUUCUAUGACCCAACGGUGCCAGAUUCACAAAAGCAUGAGCUAGGUGAAGCUCUCUUCAUUGGUUGGGCCACAUCUGGUAUUUUGCUCAUCACCGGGAUCAUCCUCCUGUUCAGGUACAGUCAACGUAGAUCGAAGGAAGACGAGCUCUACAAUGAAGCAUAUCUCAUGGCACAAAGGGAUCUAAAGAAACAGGACAGUGUCUACACAGCGAGGACGGCAUCCAGCACUCAUAAGCACCUUGAAUAUGUUUAAACAAUUGUACUCAACUGCGGUGUGCAAUUUUACCUUUAAAUGUCCCUAAAGUUUUAAAGAUGCUACUUGAGGAAGAUUAAAACAUGAUAUCAGGAGUGUGCAUAUUUUGUUUAAAUAUCUCUCUCUUUUUAAACUAUUUAAAUGACUCAUGCACUUAGUGUUUGUGUUAAACUACAAGUAGUUCUUAUUUCUAUUGUUUGACUCGUGCCCAAAUCACAGUUGCAAUAUAAUAUUUGAGUGGUAUGUAGUACAUGAAUGACUGUUACAAUAAACUGUCUGAAGUUUUAAAAUAAUUCAAUAAAAUACAACUGCUCUUUGUAAUUCUAUGCA